GGUACCGCCGGCCCGACAAGUAGUUUCGAGUUCUUCUUCCUGAUUGAGAGAGGAGAGAGAGAGAGAUCUGUGGAAAACGAAAGCGAGAUUUAUCUAUCAUCAUCAGGUGAAAGCAAAAACCCUAAUUUCUACGAUCUCCUCUCCUUGUGUGGUUUCGGUCGAGAAGAAGUCGCCGUAAAACAAUAUGAGUAAGCCAAUGGAGGAGGAUACCAAUCAGGGCAAGACCGAGGAAGAGGAAUUCAACACUGGGCCACUCUCUGUUCUUAUGAUGAGCGUGAAGAAUAACACUCAGGUGUUGAUCAAUUGCCGUAACAACAGGAAACUUCUUGGGCGAGUGAGGGCGUUUGACAGACACUGCAACAUGGUUCUUGAAAAUGUCCGAGAGAUGUGGACAGAGGUUCCGAAAACUGGAAAAGGCAAGAAGAAAGCACUUCCGGUCAACAGAGAUCGUUUCAUAAGCAAGAUGUUUCUACGUGGAGAUUCAGUCAUUAUCGUCCUCAGGAAUCCAAAGUGAGAAAAUGAGAGAGACACUUAAGAGGCAUUGGCAUGUAUGUUACUUUUGUUUGUGCUGAAAGUGAUAAAUUCUUGUAGGUAGUAGUAGUAUCUUUUUAAGUUCAAACACUUGUGAGUCACUUUUUCGUUUAUGUCCUACUUGACAAGAUCUUUAAGGGGUGUUUGUCCCGAAUUCUCAUUUGUGGUCAGUUUA